ACAGACUCGCGCCACUUUGACUCGACUCCGACCGAAGCUUACUCUCAAACUUCUCAUUGAUUUUGCGUUCUCGUAACGCAUUCCGCAAGCGAAGCUCCCCGCGAGUCGACCGGAUUACUUACACUUAUCGCUUUAAUAUCGUCCUUCUGUCCUUCCUUUAUUAUUUUCAGCUUGUUAACGGCACGACGAUGGUGCUGGCAGGCUCCGGCGCUAAAGCCGACUAUCCAACAUCGUCGGCCCGGAAGGUCAAGAUAAAGCAGCGAGUCGCUGAAACUUCGACAAUGGGUGGAGCGCGGUCCACGAUUCCGUUCGGAAGUUACCCAAGCACUGGGAGGCCGAGCGUCGCCCGCGGCACCCACGCUACGAAGGUGACCGACUCCGGAACGAGGAUAUCUCCGACCAGCGGUGCCGCGCGUCUGCCCCUUCAUCCGAAGCUGCGCAAGGUCCUGGUGGAGGGGCAGCAGGGGAAGCGCGACUCCCCGGUCGCCUCCCGCUCUCGAAAUAGCGCGGAGGCCGGCCUCCGCGGGCAGCAGCCGAGCGCCGCCAGGAGGAAGUCCGCGCGCGGCACAGACGUCCUGACGGCCGCCGUGACCAGCAGUAGACGCGCCCGCUCGUCCUCGCCGGUCCUCUCGCGGCCCCGGGGCCCCGGCCUCUCCAAGUCCAUUUCCGCGCCCGCGGAACUCGAGCUCGAGGCCCCUCUCGCCGGCAUCCUCAAGCGCUCCUCCACCUUCUUGGCGGGGCUCGCGCUCCUACGUCGUCGAUCCCGGGCUUCCUCACCCAGGAAGUGCGUCUCCUUCAGCGCGGACACGAGCUUCGCCGGGACGAUCGAGAGGACGGCGGUUCACGAGGCGCGACUCUACAGGCGGGGCGUCCUCGAGGGUGAGUUCCGAGUGAGUCGCGGCUCCACCGGAGUCUCUGAACGCCCAGUGACUCUCAGCCCAGCCAUCGCUUCUUCCGCAGAUCGCCACGGCCGUGAGGACGAGCCAUCCGCGGAGCUGCCAUCGCCUCGACUGGAUGCCCCGGGCGGGCCCCGGGCCCUCCUCGGGGCCGCCCAUGAGGGCGACGACGAGCUCGCCAGGAGGAUCCUCGCUCAGGCCAGGAAGCCCGUCCAGGGGGAGCCGAACAUCGAGGUGGACGCCGUCGAUGCCAGUGGCAGGACAGCGAUUAGCUACAUGGCCGGGAAUGGGAGCGCCCUCGUCCUAGAGACCUGCCUUACCUUCCACGGCGCGGACGCCAACCUCCCGGACAACGAGGGCAACACACCGCUGCACUUCGCCGCCCAGGCCGGCCAGACGGAGUGCCUCAACAUUCUGCUGCAGAGGUGCCCGACUAUAGAGGUCGACGCGCGAAACUCCCUGGGAUUUACACCGCUGAUGAAGGCCGCGCUGCAGGGCAGGACCAAGUGCGCCAAAAUUCUCCUCUUUGCCGGUGCGAAUCCUACGUUACGUGAUCAUGGCCGAGGACUGCGGGCCGAGCAAUGGGCAAGAUAUUGCGGCAGAUACGUUUGCGCCGAGGUAAUCGAGCGUUUCGCCCGGCACAGGCUCCUCGAGAAGUCGACGUCCUGCCGAUGGGGAAGCGAACCUGAAUUGGCAGCUCAAGUACUUCAGGGCAAGUUAAUGCCGAUUACAUCGAUGCCAAUGCAGCCGCCUUCGAGGGGCUUAAGGUCCAAGAUUCGUCGUGUUUUUCGAACAUCCUCGAACUCGGACAAGAGUUUUUCCCUGGUCUCGCAACUGACAAGCGCAGCGCUUUGCGCGAGCAGCCCAGUAUUGCCGAAACCAAGUGACGUCUCGCCGGCAGUUAAAAGCCUUCUCCGACCACUCAGUGUUCCCCAAUUAAGGAUUACACUCGUAGCACCCCAGGACAUGGUCGAAAAAACAAACGAGAAGUGCUGCAGUCACAGUGCAACUUUCCUAGAAAAAAUCGAAAGCUCGAUAAUCAAGCCACCAAGAACGAAAAAGAAGAGCAAAUAGAAAAUAGAAAAUGAAAUUUUUCGAGCGACGAUUUUUUCGAUUAAGUUAGGUCUUUUUUGUCUUUUUUUAAUAUUUAGACAUUGUUAUUGAUGCAUUUCAGUGCGAUACGCCGUGUCUUAUUAAUUGUAUGUACAAUAUCGCGAGUUAUAAAGUAAUUUUUCCUUAUUAAUCAUGUCUUUUUUUUCCAUUUUUUUUUUAUUUUUUUUUUACUGGACAAAAAAUUACACGAGGUGAUUUAUUAUGCGCUUGUUAUUGCGUUUCCAAAACCAAAAAAAAAGA